AGAUGGGCCUGUAAUUGUUUUUUUAGGAUGAGAGAAAAAAAAAAAAGAGCUUCUUCUUCAAACCGAGACCUAUCUGAGUCGACUCGUAAACGAAACGAGUUGAUGAUUACUGGAUUAGCUUUUUCGUGAUUCUCGUCUCCGUUGGUCGUCAUUUCUCUGAUAUCGAUUAUUACUUAUAUUGUCGACUAUCGAAUUCCUUUGAAUCGAAUUUUUUAGAUUAUUUGAAGGCGGCGGGCAUAUGUGAAGUGAAAUCGUGGUGAUGAAUUUGGGGGAUUUGAACAAAGUCUGGGAAGUUAAGGCUCUGAAGAAGAAAACUAGAGCAGAUGAAGCCACGAAGAUUUUGGAGAAGGUAGCGAAUCAAGUUCAACCCAUUAUGACUAGACGAAAAUGGCGUGUCAAGCUUCUCUCUGAAUUCUGCCCAAAAAAUCCAAGGCUAUUGGGGGUGAAUGUAAAUAGAGGCGUGCAAGUGAAACUGAGGCUUCGGAGGGUAAACCAUGAUGGAGAUUUUUUAUCGUACCAUGAAGUUCUUGACACCAUGCUCCAUGAGCUUUGCCACAACGCCCAUGGUCCUCAUAAUGCAAGUUUCUAUAAGCUUUGGGAUGAACUGCGAAAGGAAUGUGAGGAGUUGAUGUCAAAGGGUAUAACAGGGACAGGGCAAGGAUUUGAUGUUCCUGGUAAACGUUUGGGUGGAGUUUCUCGUCAGCCUCCUCUCUCAUCUCUCCGAGCAACUGCAGCUUCAGCAGCAGAAAAAAGAGUGCGUGCCGGUACUCUUUUACCCUCAGGACCCCAUCGUCUUGGUGGUGAUAGCAACAUUAUGUCAGAUCUUAGUCCAAUUCAGGCUGCUGCAAUGGCUGCAGAAAGGCGUUUAAAUGAUGAUAUUUGGUGUGGUUCCCAAUCCACAGAGGGUUUAGAAGACGAAGAGAAUGAUAGUGAAACUUGUAAGGAACCCAUUUCCGAAAGAGUAGAUUGCACAAGCUCGAUUGCAAAAUCAGUAAAAAGAUGUAAUAGCUGGUCCAAUGCCAGCUUUGGCCCUCAGUGUGGAUCAGAUGUUAUUGAUUUGACGGAGGAAACACCUGAAACAAGAUGUACUAAAAGAAGUUGCAGCUCAGGUGAUCAAGGUCCUUCUUGUUCCAAAGAUGAACCGAACUUUGGUUUCAUGAAUUCAUCAGUAACUUUUCCUUCCACAAGCCAUGAUGCAAACCACAACAGAGAAGAACCUUCAAUGUGGGAGUGUGCAGAAUGCACCUUAUUGAACCCGUCAUUAGCUCUAAUAUGUGAGCUAUGCACUGCCCUAAAGCCAAAGGAAAGGGGGAUGAAACACAAGGUUUGGACUUGCAAAUUCUGCACACUUGAAAAUGAGGUGAAGUUAGAGAAAUGUGAGGCUUGUGGUCAGUGGAGAUACUCUUAUGGAGCACCACUGUCAACAGGUGCUCCUAAUGUUGGCACUUGAGGGAGUCACCAAUCUUCUACAAGGAUCUAAAGUCAAACUCUUGCCAUUUUUUGUAGCCAAGUAACUAGAUUCUCCAAGUUCUGUAAACUGUGUCCCAACUUGGGCUUGUGGCUGUGUUAUGUAUGCAGAGUAGGAGUAUUAAAUUAAUAGGUAGAAAGAGUAUUUUGAUUUUGCAAACAGUAAAAAAAAUUUGAUGGGUAAACGCAAUGGAAAAGAUUUUUCCCUUGGAAUAAUGAUUUUUGAGGAAGCUGAAUGAGAAAAAUAUUGUGGUAUUUUGAUGGUGGGUUUGUAAGUUUGACGUUGUCGGCUUCUUGUUUUACACAGGGGAUCUCUUAGUUUUCGUUGAUUCCAUCUUCUAUCUAUGGCAGUUUCAGUUUCUGGCCCCUUGAACACUCGCUUCAUCGACCAAGUCCUGAAACCUUAGGCCCAUUGCCUUAAGUUAAUUGAGAAACUUGUAUCCAAGGCAUCCAAGGUACCAAGCUCUUCUUCAAUCAGUUCAGACACGGAUAAGGUAUAGUUUAUGGCUGUUAUAACAAACUACAAUAAGUCAAGUGUAGACUGUAGAAUUGUUCAAAUAUCCUGUGCGUUUUUGUUAGGAUUGUAAAAUUUUAAAAACUGCUCUUUUUGUUAGGAUAUGGUGAGGAUUUUUCAAACUUUCUGGUUUAUAAACCUGUUGACACAGUAGAGUGUUGAGGAAUAUGAGUUUCCCUAAAGUAGAUAGUAUCUUCAGUCUGAGUAUAUAUGCCUGAGUUGUUUCUUGAUUUCAUAGUGGUGCAUUAUAUUGGAUGGUUCUGAAGAUGUUUUGAGGAACUUCUGGUCGUUUAUA